AUGCAGCUUUUCGCUACCACAAGUCUCGGUUUUGCUUUGUUGAACAGCAUGGCAAGCGGCGCUGCUCUGCCUGAGCCGGCUCCUUUGCCUGCUGUCGGCGAUGUUAACCCCAUCAUUCCUCCUUCGAAACAGGAGACUUUGACAGGUCUCAAGGGCACUGAUGGAAAGCUCACCAUCGGACCAGAGCCUGUACCGGCCACGACCAGACUGGCCAAGCGUGCUGGACCCAUUGUUGUGGUAGUUGGAAUCGCCGGCACGGCAGCCGCUGGUAUCAUUGUCAAAAUGGCGAUCGAAAUUGGCGCUGAAACUAUCAAGAACUUGGGCGAGUGGAAUGAGGCUAGAGAGGCAUUCACCAAGAAAACCACUCAGGAGAUGUGGGACCGCAAUCCCGACUACGCAAAGUUUCCCGCGGCUGCUUGCUACAACAAGGGUUAUACCCUGGCGGACCCCGCCAAGAUCGAUGGUCUGCGCUCUGCCAAGUUUGAGCUGGGCCUGCUCAACACCGACUACGACUGCAUGUACAUCCAAGGAGGCAACCAGUUCAGGACCAACUCCGAGGGCGGUUACAUCAACCUUUCCUACACUUACGAUCCUACUCGUUGCACCUUCGAGGGCAGCGGCGAUCUGACCUGCAAAUAA